GUAAACUGACGUCAUUAAUUAUGGAUUAUGGAUGGUGAUUUUUAUGGUAUUUAAACGUGAAAAUUCCUGGAUGUUUGUCAGCUGUCAACAGAAAUUUUUUGAUUAGAUUAGUGUUUUUUUGUGAUAAAAUUGUUAAGUGAGAGCGAAAUGAUCAGUGUAAAUGCUAUAAAAUGCUCCAUAUAAUACCAAUAAUGCAUUAUUACGACAGAGACUAUACGUAAACUAUGAGUUAAAUCAAUUUGUUGAUUGGUUAUUUAGUUUGUAGGUUUAAUACGUUUUUUUACUCUAAACAGUGAUAUAUAUUUUACAUGUGUAAUUUCUGUGGAUUAAGGACAUCACAUUUACAUACAUAACAUUACAAUAAGAUGACUCAAGGGAAAAUCACAAGAAAAUGGGAGGCAUUCCCAGGACAAAACAGAUUCUACUGCAACGGCAGGCUGAUGACAGCCCCGCAUUCGGGCGUGUUUUUGCUUACUGUAUUCCUCAUCACUGGAACAAGUGCUUUAUUUUUUAUAUUUGACUGUAAAUAUUUGGCGGAAAACGUUACAGUUGCCAUACCAAUCAUAGGGGCGGUGCUAUUUAUAUUCACAAUGUCUUCCUUGCUGAGAACAAGCCUUACGGACCCGGGUAUAAUACCUAGAGCCACCAAUGAGGAGGCAAAUUACGUGGAAAAGCAAAUAGAAGUGACGAAUUCCGCGAACAGCCCCACUUAUAGGCCGCCGCCCCGCACGAAAGAGGUUUUGGUUAAAGGGCAGACAAUUAAGUUGAAGUAUUGUUUUACAUGCAAAAUAUUUCGGCCGCCCAGGGCUUCCCAUUGCAGCCUCUGUGAUAACUGUGUGGACAGAUUUGAUCAUCAUUGUCCAUGGGUGGGAAAUUGUGUUGGUAGAAGAAAUUACCGUUUUUUCUACAUGUUUAUUGUUUCCCUUGCGUUUUUGGCUGUUUUUAUUUUCGCAUGUGCUAUUGCACAUUUAAUUUUAAUUUCGAAAGAGGAUUCAAGACAAUUUCUGGAUGCGGUAAAAGAAUCUCCGCCCAGCAUAAUCGUGGCGCUGAUAUGCUUUUUCAGCGUUUGGAGUAUUUUGGGGCUGGCCGGUUUCCACACGUACCUCACCACCAGCAAUCAAACUACCAAUGAAGAUAUAAAAGGUUCUUUCACUAGUAAACGAGGACAGGAAAGUUUCAACCCGUACUCGCAAGGAAACGUGUGCUCGAACUGUUUUCAUAUUUUGUGCGGCCCUUUGACGCCUUCGCUAAUCGACAGACGAGGACUUUUGACUGAAAGUUACAUGGCCGAACUGGCACGACCUAUAACCACAGAACCGGUUUUGCCGAUGAAACCGUACCCCAUACAAAACAUGAACGGCCCCACCCACAUAACCAUGAACGCCAACGAGAUGCCCGGCAUCUACCGCCAAACGACGGAAACCACCGAGAGCAACGCCGGUAGCGUGACGCACCUGGUGAGCAGCGAGCAGCCGCUGGCUAUCGCCUCCACCGUCCACCAGAUGUCGCUCGCGCAGCAGCAGCAGUACAAAUCGCAGCCGAGCCUCAACCUGGGCCGCGCGCACCACGCGCACCACCACCACUACCACAACGUCACCUCGUCGUCGGCGUCGGCGGCCGGCGGCUCGUCCCCCCCUCCGCCGCCGCGCGUGCACAAGUCCCAGAGCCUGGCCGACAACCUCAACAGCGAGGACCUGCACCUGGACGCGGUGGUGCUCGGCCAGCAGAACAAGUUCGUCGGUAGUUCUAGACUCGACAACGACAUGACCGUGCAGGACCGCGAGAACAGUCUGUUGAGUGCGAAUCGGCUGCGGCUGCUGCAAGACACCACGAUGAUCGAGAGCGCCUUGGAUCUGGACUCCCUCGACGACUCCAGCCUGGGCACCAACAGCCAAAACGGACUCAUGAAAGUGAUGGUGUGAU